AUGCGGUCCAACCUGGUGAAGAUCGUGGUGGUCCUGCUGUUGUGCCGAUCGGGAGACGCCAGGCCGCAGAGAACCGGGGAAUCCACGCAACUGGAAGCGGCGAAAUCGAUCGUCGAGGAACGGAGUCCCGUUCAAACCGCCAGCGUCCCGUCGAACGUUCAAGAUAGCAGGUACACCUGGAAUUCCGGAAGUAGUAGAAUUCCAUACGUUAAUUACUAUCGCGAUAAUGUUAAUAGUUUGUUCGGUGCCGAGAUUCUUCACUGGAAGAACUGGCCGAACGGAGCCAUUCAGACGGCGAACGACUAUCAGAACUACGAGAAGUACACUUCGUUCGCGGAGGAUCUGAAGCCGGAGGAAACCGUGAAGAGGCCGGUUACCUCGACGAAUAACAGUACCGAUCAUCUGGCAAGCGUUUCGAGUCCCGAUGUUCAAGAGAUCGUUCAUUGGUGGAAGAUCCCAGCUUUCAUGACCAAUGGUAGUCACAUUAUAGAGAGUGACGAGGCGAAUGAUCCAGUUAGCGUUGUGUUCGAUCCAAUCUAUCAGAAUCUCGAGCCAAACAAACCGUUGAAGAAACCGAGUAAUAUACCGAGCUUCAGACCUGGUUCGUUCGUUCCUAUCGAUCCUCCGCCGAUUUACACGACCGAGAAGAUUCCCGGUUGGUCGGCGAUCGUGUCCCUAAAGAACAAGACGAACAUCAGUCCUCAAACUCAGAUAUCCCAGAACACAGUCGUUCAUCUGAUCAAUACCGAUCCGCGGAAGCCUAAUAAAACGACGAUUGUUGGGACUAAAGGACCUGGGAACACCGAUAAACCGAUUGUUCUUUCAGCACCCGAUUCCCAUCCUUCUGUUCUUUCGUCCAAGUUGACUUCUUCCACCACCGUGAAACCAGGUCCCAACGUUCACAUAGGCUUCAUUCCGUCCGAGAACAUUAAAGUACCCGUUCAGCAAGACCCCCAGCCACCGAUGGUGACCUACGACCAAAGAUGCCCGACGAUCCUGAUAAAUUCCUACACAAGGAUCAACAAUACCAUACAGAGUAAAGAGGGUUGCACCGAUCUGAACAUCAUCAUCAAUUCCCACGUGUUCAACACGAACACGUUCAAGUCCACACCGUCGCCCCUCGAUCAGGCCGAGGUUCAUCAGGCUUACGAAGAGGCUGACAAGUAUAUACCGGUUGAAACAGUUCCUGGAUACCAGUCGAAUUCACAGGAAAAUUAUUACAGUCCCCAGAAGGAUCCACAGACGAUUGGAUCCCAAGAAAACGAUCCUUCUAACGUGGAAGUGUUUCAGGGUACCGAGAUCAAUAUAUCUGGUAACGAAGCUUUUCCUCCAAGCUCUUCGGAGGAGAUCGAUCAGUUCUCCGACGAUCCAACUCCCGUUGAAGAUUCUCCAAUCGCGGACGAAGCCAAUCAGGCAAGCAACGAUCCGAAUUAUAAUUCUGUCGUUCGACCUGUAGCUGACGCAGCUGACCCCUCAGCUGCUGGCCAAGAUUCUAGUUCCUCUUCACCCUCGUCAGGGCUGGUGACAACCUCUUCCCCAGCGUCAGCCUCGUCCUAUAACGAUGACGACGAUGACGACGACUUUGAUUUGUCUCCGAUCGGUAUCAUGGAGUCAAUUGCAUCUGUGUUUGCUUAUUUCACGUUCGUCAAUCCGUUGCACUAUGGGUUCUUCAGCGUAGCUGCUGCUCCCUUCACUGCUCUGGCGGCUGGUGUCCUCGGUAUGGCCACUGUCGCCUUCCCCUGGCUGUUCCCCAGCACGUUCGGUUACAGUAGAGCCAAUGACGAGGCGGUCAGUUUUUGGCCCAGCGUCGAGGAUGUGAUUAGACAGUCCAUGGAGAAGUACGGCAGUAACCAACAGAAUGACAGCCAACGUCACAUAAAGGACCUGCAGUACAUGGACCAGUCCCUGAGGACAGUCGCUACUCAGCUGCUGAACGUGACCAGUCCCGAAGACGGCAAGAUCGCUGACAGCAUCGUCAAAAAGACGAACAACAAUAAAAAAUCACCCGAAAGGGACGAUGUUCCGAUGAAAGAGAUGACAGUGACGAACGGUCACUUGGUGAACGUAGGAUUCGGCAGGCCAAUAAACUCGAAGUUCAGCUUCUUCGAGACCAGCCAUCCUGGACAGGCCAUGGCGAUAACCGAAGAGGAGCUAGAGAAAGAGAUAAGCUCGACCCGUCUGAUGACCGCUCACAAGAAUCAUCCAACGACCACCGGCGGCAUUUCCACGUGGAUCCUUCUGAAUCCUCCGUCGACCACCAUAAAAACCAUCGAAGUGGACAAAAGGACGAAACAACCGUCGGAGAACGAAGUGAUGGUGACUGUGAAACCAACGACUCUUAUGGAGAGGAUAGAUACGACUGAAAGGAUGAUGGAAAAGGUGACCUUGCCUGUUUCCACCACGGUGAUCGUGGAAGAGCCUUCAACCACCAGGAAGAUUGUUCUUCUGACCACGAAGAGGACUGAUUUCAAGACAUCCACCCCCGAGACGGUUCAAACAACUCUGAAGCCUGUUCAGACCACCAGCAAGUUGGAGAGCAAAGAUGCGCCUGUCAGUACUACUAAAAAGGUUCUGGCUAUUCGAACGACACCCAAACCUAAGACAGCCACGUCCAAAACCACGAUACUGUCGAAACCGUUGGUCUCGAAGACUUCCAGGCCCAACCAGCAGGCCAGACCGAAGCCUCUGGUCAGGAGGACCACCGUCAAGCCGGAUCUUGUAAAAAACGAGACUGCCUCGACGGCUAAGAUCGAGAAGGUCACCUUCAGACCCGUCCAGAUGAUCACAGUCUCGAAGAGCAAGCCGGAGAACAUCGAGAAACCGAUGUUCGUGACGAAGAUCAAAGCGUCCGUUUUGAUGGACACCCAGAAGACCACCACGGCGCUGUCUGUCCCCUCCACGACCAAUCAGGAACCAACGACCACCCUGAAGACUGUUUCGAGUACCAGUGAGCCGGUGGAAGCUACAACCAAGUUGAAACCCGUCACCACCAAGAACAAUGUCCUGAAAGCGCAGCUGAAGAGGCCUCUGGACGAGCCCAAAAUCGAGAUACAACCUAUCAAGGUCAACGCGCCUGUUCUGAAGAUCGAGAAGAUCGAGAAGGACGAGUCCAAGGAGGAUCAAGAGAAGGAUAUUCUGAACGAUUCCAGAAUAGACCUGAAAUUCGACUUCAAUCCCGAAUUGACGAAGAUCAACGUGGAUUCCGAGACGUCGACCUCGACGACACCGUCCUCCUCGACCACCAAGAGAACCAGGCAGACAUCCAAGAGGAAGAAGAACAAAGGUCGACGAAGAAAACCGUCCACUUCGACCACCACGACCACAAUCGCACCGACCAAGUCCAGUUCAACGGAGAUGGAGCUGACGAUGACAACGGAGCCAGUCCUCGAGAACGGUAUCCAAGAAUCGAAAAUCGCGCCCGACACCAAGAUCUCGGUGAACUCCACCAAGAUAAAAAAGAAACAACCCCAGAAACCGAUCGGCACGCAGAUUUAUAACUUCCUUAGCCGCGAAGUGAUGCCCAGUUUCGGCGUGAUGUCUCUGGUGGGACUCGGGCUGGGUCUGGCCUCUUACUUCCUGUAUCCGUUCGGCGGAACGAUCGCACGGAGGAACUACGAGAUCGAGCCGAAGUACAAGUACAACUUGGACGAGUACGGUGGGAAUUACGGGCAGAGCGAGGAAGAGGUGCUGUCCAAGGUUCUUCAGGGUAUGACCACGAACGAGGAGAACAAAUACCCCGGCGUGAAGGACUACGGCGGUUACUAUCAGUAUCAGCAUUACGACACAGGUUACGAGCCUCAGACGACCAAGAAGUACCCAUCGUCCCCUAUGUACAGACCAGAGAACACUGCUUCCGUUCUGAAAUACAGGAACACCGACUACGGGUAUCCAGACACGUCCAGCACACCGAAUUACUACGACAGAUCCAAGCAUACGGAGUACGUAGUUGGCCAGGGCUCGUCUGGUUCAGCUAAUCGGCAGUUCGUCGUUGGAAACAUCCCCAAAGAGUAUCCUCCACCAUACGAAGAGAAGAAUCCCGAGUUAUCCACCGCAGGAAGUCUACCCAGUAACUACGAGCCCACAGAAAGAGGCCAGGUGAAGUUCGAGCCCGACAUAGGACAGAUCAAUUUCCCCGGUUCUGUCCAGAAUUAUGGACAGGUCCAGACAGCCAGACCCGAAGAGGGUUACGAGGAGGUCGAGAUCACUCCUAGUGCAGUGGCUGUGGAGCACGGACCUAGGUCCCUGAAGACAAAACGCUCUGUCGACGAUCAUUCGAACGGUCCAUCGCUGAUCGAGAAUCAUCGAUCACGAAGAAAACGUGAUUCGGUGAUUCAGAUCAUACCCACGAAGAGAGAACUAGAGGAGGACGAGAAGGAGGAGAACCUGAGCAACGAGAUACUGAACAUCAUCGAUUCUGCUCUACCUGGCGAGAAGGGGAACGAGUUGGAAGAGGACUACGAAGUUAAAAAGCGACGUCAGAAAGACGAGGAUAGACUGAAGGAAGAGGAUAGGCAGAAAGAGGAGGAGGAGAGAGAGAAAGUAUCCACAACGAAGGGUCCAACUAUCGAGACGUCUACAGCAGCCAGCGUCCAAGUGUACACUCAGGAAUCGGUUUCCUCGACAAAAGAGGUCUCGACGAUGUCCUCGUCCACCCACACAGAGGAUGAUUCCGAUAGUAACGUCACGGAAGACUCAAAGACAACAGAGUCGAACGUCGAGUGGAUCGAUCUGUCCACGCAGAGUCCAACGGACCAGGACCAGGAAGGUUUCAAUCUGUUCGGUUUCGUGAAGAAGAUCGCAGAGAUCAAGCUCAGGCUCGGGCUGACGUUGCUGAAACACGCGAGCGAGGGCUUCGCCAGAUACCUCGGCCACGUGCAGAAGAGGAUCAACGGCGAAGAGUGAAGGGCUCCCAAC